AUGGGAGAAACUGAGAAAAGGGCUCUAAUCCUUGGGAUCAGAUGUUUGCCCAAGAUCAAGGUGUUUCUUUUGGUAUUAAUAUGUGUCUAUGUAUCCAAAUCACUAACAGCAAGUUACAUGAUUUCCACGCUUCUACAAAUAGAAAGACAAUUUGGUCUCCCUACAUAUGUAUCUGGGCUUGUCAGUGGGAGUUUCUCUAUAGGAUACCUUGUGGUGGUUAUACCUGUGAGUUAUCUUGGAAAAAAACUGCACAGACCUGUCAUGAUUGGUGUCGGUUGUUUGUUUAUGGGCCUAGGGUGUUUCAUAAUCUCGGUACCUCAUUUUCUCAUGGACAGAUACAAAUAUGAAACAAUGAUUUCACCUACAAGCAACUUGUCCUCAAACAGCUUCUUGUGUAUGGAAAACAGAACACAGAGUUUAAAGCCAACGCAAGACCCAGCAGAGUGUGUGAAAGAAAUUAAAUCACUAAUGUGGAUAUACAUACUGGUAGGAAAUAUUAUACGUGGAAUUGGUGAAACUCCCAUCAUGCCCUUGGGUAUUUCCUACAUAGAAGAUUUUGCCAAAUCUGAAAACUCUCCUUUAUAUAUUGGAAUUUUAAAAGCAGGAGUGGCCAUUGGCUCUUUCACUGGACUUACCCUGGGAUAUUUGUGUGCAAAUGUCUACAUAGAUAUUGAUUUUGUGAAUACAGAUAACCUGACCAUAACACCCAAUGAUACACACUGGGUCGGUGCUUGGUGGAUUGGUUUUUUGGUCUGUGCAGAAGCAAAUAUCAUUAUCAGCAUCCCCUUUUUCUUCUUUCCGAAAACACUCCCAAAGGAGGGAUUACAGGAUAAUGGGGAUGGAACUGAAAAUGCCAAAAAGGAGAAGCACAAAGAAAAGACCAAGGAGGAAAACCAAAAAAUCUGUAAAGAUUUCCUUCCAUUAAUGAAGAACCUCUUCUGCAAUCCAAUUUACAUGCUUUUUCUCCUUGUCAGUGUGCCCCAGUUCAAUGCACUUUUCAGUAUAUUUAUCUUCCUGCCUAAGUACCUGGAACAGCAAUAUGGAAUAUCAUCUGCAGAUUCAAUUUUUCUCUUGGGUCUUUACAUGUUACCUUCAGUAUGUCUUGGAUAUUUAAUUGGUGGUUUGAUUAUGAAGAAGUUCAAGAUUACUGUAAAGAAAGCUGCAUACAUAGCAUUCUGGCUAUGCCUGUAUGAGUACCUUCUGUCUUUUGUUAGCUAUAUGAUAACCUGUGAUAAUUUCUCAGUUGCUGGCUUAACUGUCUCUUAUGAAGGAGUUCAGAGCCCUCUGCAUGUAGAGAACGAGGUUCUUGCUGACUGCAACACAAGAUGUAGCUGCUUAACGAACACAUGGGAUCCGGUGUGUGGGGACAAUGGCCUAGCAUACAUGUCAGCCUGCCUUGCAGGCUGUGAGAAGUCUGUUGGAACCGGAAUUAAGAUGGUGUUUCAGAAUUGCAGCUGCAUUCAGUCAUCAGGAAACUCAUCUGCAGUCCUAGGGCUGUGUAACAAAGGUCCCAGCUGUGACAGCAUGCUGAAGUACUUUAUAUUCAUUUUAGUAGCUGGCAGUUUCAUCUUCUCAGUAGCAUCCAUACCUGGGUACAUGUUUUUUCUGAGGUUUAUCAAGUCUGAAGAGAAGUCACUUGGAGUUGGAUUACAUACAUUUUGCACAAAAAUAUUUGCUUCCACACUGGCACUUUUUUACUUUGGAGCUUUGAUAGACAGAAGUUGUUUACAUUGGGGAACUCUAAAAUGUGGCGAGAAAGCUGCAUGCAGGAUGUAUGAUAUAAAUAGUUUCAGGCGCAUCUACCUUGGGUUGCCAACAGCACUGAGAGGAUUGAGCUUUCUCCCUGCCUUCUUCAUUCUAAGACUUAUGAGGAAAUUCCAAUUCCCUGAGGACACUGACUCUUCAGAAACUGAACUUGUAGAGAUGAAGCUCAUAGAGAAGGAAGAAGAUUGCACAGAUGAGCACAGAAGUCCUAAUGUCGAGAGUGCUGAAGAACUGAAAAUUAAGCUGUAA